UCUCGACGAGGAAUAUGGCGCCCAAGCGCCCGUGGACUGAGCGUGGAAGACUGCCUCGUUUGGAUGAGUGCGGGUCACUGAGGUCACCGACGCUCACUGCCACACACCACCAUGCGUCUCUUCGCUCUCUCGUCUCUGGCUCUCCCAAUCCUCGCAUUCGCAUCCUUGGACGACCAGACCGCAAUGUCCGGGUCCAUCCUCGACGAAUCAGCGCCCUACACCCCGCAAACCAACUCCCAGCCGACGCUCGCGGACCUGCUCACGAUCGAGUCUUCCGCCUCCAUCUACUAUUCCUAUGCACGCGAGACGGAACUGAGUACACUAUUCGGUGAUGAGAGCGCGCACCUAACUCUGCUGGUCCCGACGAACAAGGCUGUGAUGGCACUGGCGCGGAAGCCGCAUGAAGGCCCAGCGCCCGUGAAGGAUGGGGCCAUUAUCUCCGAAGCUGAGUUUGAUGCGCUUUCGAAGGAGAAUGUGGUUCGCUGGGUAUCGGCGCACAUCAUCCCUCAGUCACCUAUCUCCGUCACGUCUUCCCAACCGUACCAUACGAUGCUGCAAGAGAAGAAUGUUACCUUCACGCAGGUCGACAGUGACGAGAGCAAGCCGGACUGGUCCCGCGUGCGUUUGAAUGACGACGUACGUCUCAUUGACAUGACGGAGGUAUGUUUGGGUUUCUGUCCUGAGUGAACUCAUGGGAAUCCUGACCGACGUGUACGUGUAGGCUUCGAAUGGCGUGCUCUAU